UCCUCGACGCGGGAGCAUCGCCGUUUCGAAAGAGCCGCGACCUUCUCCCCGUUGCGUCGCGCGCGUCGCGUUCCCGUGGUUGGCGGUGUUAGGGGGUGAAGUUCGCGCGAGAGGGGCCCGCUCGCUAUCCCGAGGACUUCUCAUCCGCGAACUCUUUUUCGCGACGAACGAGUGCGCGAAAUCGCAUAGCGACGACAUGAAACCGCAGCCUCGCAAAUUCCGUCCUUGCGCUGCUCUCCGAAGUUGACGGAAUCGGUUGACGUGCGAUUAUUCCGUUCUCUUCGGCUCCACUUGAUUCGAACGACGGAGACUGGAAACGUACUCUGGAAGACAGGGAAAGAAGGCAGAAGAGAGUGCAUGAGUGUCCGUGGGAUUUCGUACGGUCCACGAUUUCGCGAUAGUGUGAUAUUGAAGCAAACACAGUGAAGCGGUAACUGAAAGCGGUGAUAGUGUCGAGCGGAUGAUCAAUCCACAGAAUCGUCCAAAAUUCGUGUGUGCCGUUCGAUCGAAAUUGAUAAAAUCAAAGUAGAGAACGAAAAGUAUCUUCGACAUUCUAAAAUUCCAGAAAAUUUACAAAAUUUCAAACAAUAAGUCUUUCAUUACCACAAAGAUAUCACGAUUCAAUAACUGUCCAGCAAUAAAUCCAUCACUGCCCACUUGGAAAAUUAUAACAAAGUUUGUUAAGAAGAAAUCUUAAACCGGUAUAAAGAAAAAAGAAGAUAGAUUAUCGAUCGGAAGCGCAUGCAAAUUUCAUCGCCAAUUCCGUCCCGCAGCGCUUCGCCUUGCUAAAAGCAAAUUUUGCGUGAAGCAGCUUCAACUUCAUGCUGAAAGGACCGCUUUGAACAUUUAAAGACGGUCUCUCGAGGAUCUACAUUUAAUUAUCAGCAGAAUCGGUGAGACUCGUGCAGAAGCGCUCUAAAGUCUCGGAAGGAGAAACAGACAACGAGAGAGGAAGGCGCAGUAGAAAAAACCACAUCUAGCACGACUGAGAGUUGUACGACUGCAGCCAAUGGGGAGGUGUUAAAGUUAAAAGCUGCUCGUAAAACUCUUCGUCUCGCGGGUGCUACAACGUUACCAUUGUGCAAGCGAACCUUGUUUAUCUCGGCAUCGAUGCAGAAUUGAAAGACCAGUAAAAAUCUACGGUGGAUUCUUUCUUUCUCUUUCGUCGCGCCGACGAACGGAAACGUUUUAUACGGCGUGAAACUGCAGUCGUGAAAACGAACGGAUCGUAUACACCGAUCGUCAAGGUACGCCUAUAAAAGAAAUAAGGGAAAAGGAAGCAGAGUUUUCUCGAGUUUUUCAUUUGCGGUCGCUAUCGAAGCAUCGUUCGAAGGCAAUUCUCUGAGGGAAAGAGAGAAAUUACGAGUUUAGAAAAAUGCGGUGGUACCGCGUACUCGGGGAAAAUAACCACGGUGGAAUGAUGGAUGAAACGUCCGUCGCGUUGUGUAGAUUGCAUUAAUAACGAUCAGUCUAAUGCAUCGCGAGCGAUCUUAUGGGUGUCGAUGUAGCGAGAAGCACGAAGACGCUGCCUAAUGUCAGACAGAACAGUCCCUGUAUCGAUCAAUAUGGAUCGCAUAGGAGUAAUCUGCAUCGAAAAAGAGCGAGUGAUAACAGUGAUAUGGGGAUCAUCUAAGGCCGCGUAAGGCCGAUAACGCGAUUAAAAUAGAAAUUGAUGCGACUGGGACACCGCGAUGUGAAAAACAAGCUGUUCCACGAAGAUCACAGUCAUUCAAUAACAAUUUCCGACAGAGACGUGCACGUGAAAUAAUAUAACAAAAUUGAAAAAAAAUAAGAUUAAUUAGUUAAAUUCCGAUUUUCUGGUUCAACCGAUAUGUGGCUGUUAGCGCGAAAUACGUGAUUCGCGAAACCACGAUCCGUUUCCGCAUUACGCCAUUAUUAACAACGCUCCAUAAUUGGAAGAAUGUGGUAUCGUCGUGGAAUCAAUCUGUGCCAGUGAGCGAAUUAUUAAGCAGUGGUCGUUAUUCGACUUAACGAGAUUUUAUCGACGAGGGAGAACUAAUUAAAAAGCUCUGCUUAAAGUAUAAUAAGGCGAAAUUACGUGAUAUCUAUUCGCGCACGAGUGGCUGUGCAUGUAUCUUCGGUGAUACGAAGUGAUUCUAUCUGUUCCGGGAAUGCCACAGUCAUCACGAAACGCGAAAUGUGCCAGUGAUAUUAUCAUCUAUCGCUGAUUAACGUUUCCCGAAUACGACUGAAAUGCGUCUGAGAUAGUAUAGUAGUCAGUAUGUGAAUAAACCACGCCACGGGGAAAAGCGAUGUCUACUUCUCUUCCCAUAUUUGUCUGUUUUAUAAUUUGUUUUGGUGGUAUAGCGUCAUGCUUAAGAAACUUUCGAACCGAUUUCCUAGAGGAAUGGCCGACGCCGGGCACCGGGCCCCACUUCGACACCUCUAUGCAAUCAAACUUCACCGGACUGGUAGGGAAGACGGUGCAUCUCGUGUGCAAAGUGAAGAACUUGGGGAAUCGAACGGUUUCCUGGGUGAGGCACCGAGAUAUACAUUUGUUAACGGUUGGUCGUUACACCUAUACCAGCGAUCAACGUUUCGAGGCACUACACUCUCCUCAUACGGAGGAUUGGACCCUGAGGAUACGAUAUCCUCAGCGCAAGGACUCCGGGAUUUAUGAGUGCCAAAUAUCAACGACCCCGCCCAUCGGCCACCCCGUGUAUCUAACAAUAGUCGAGCCGAUAACCAUUAUAGUCGGAGCGCCGGAUCUCUUCGUCAAUAAGGGCAGCACCAUCAACCUGACGUGUGUCGUAAAAUACGCUCCUGAACCACCACCGACGAUGACUUGGAGUCAUAAUGCGGACGUUAUCAAUUUCGAUUCGCCGCGCGGUGGUAUCAGUCUUGUUACGGAAAAAGGACCCGAAACGACGAGUCGUUUGAUGAUCCAGAAAGCCGUACCGAGCGACUCCGGGAUCUAUAAAUGUGAACCGAGCAACGCAAAUCCCAGUAGUAUAAAGGUGCACGUUGUUAACGAGGAACACCCAGCCGCGAUGCACCAUGGGGACGGAAGCUCGUCGUACAGCAAGACACGGCCGAUUUGUUUUAUAAUUUUAGUGAUAGCUAAUAUAAUAUUUCUAUAAGGCGAGAAGUACAGAAACACACUUACCCCGACACACAUGAUGAUACCAGGAGCGCGAUCGCCGAAAAUCGCGCGAUUUGCCUAUUUAACGUCGUUAACGUUUCUUGGAUAAAUAUUUGUGCAGGGUAAACAGAACAUUACCAUUUACAUUAAAAGAAGAGAAAAAAAACUUCCGUGACCAAAAAGUUUUCAAAUAUCAGCACGGCACAAUAAUUGGUAAGAGCGUAGUAUUUUGUUAACAUAUAUCAUCAAGAACGAAUAACUUACGACGUCAAAAUUUAUUGUAUUAUUUGUAAAUAAAUUUAUUGUAUGUACAUAUCACACAAUAAAACGAUUGUCUUUA